AUGAAACCGAGUAUAGCCAGAGAAGUAAGGACAAGGAGUUCUUCGGGUUACGUGGCUCUUUGGAUCAAGUUUGAAGAUGUUGAUUGUAAGCUACACCAACUUGCCAGUAAGCUGCAGCUUGGCCAAGGUGCUCCUUCAUUCUUUGGGACUUGA